CCAGACCCUAUAAGGCCUGGGAACUAGGAGCUGAGGCACUGCCAGCAGCGGCCCUGCUCUGACGGGUCUUGCAUGGUCCAGGUGAGUCCAGCUGCGUCACUCAGCGACUGCUGCCUCCAGCCCCACAGGCCGCCAUCAUGUCAGCUUCAGGAGAUGGGACCAGGGGUCCCCCCAAAUCCAAAGGCAAGACCCUGAGCAGUUUCUUCGGGUCUCUGCCCGGAUUCAGCUCUGCCCGGAACCUGGUGUCCCACACUCACAGCUCCACAAAGGAUGUGGGACCAGUCACAGACCCUACAGGGACUCCUGUCCCUCCAUCGCCAGUGGCCACUGACUUCCAGCAGACAGCAAGGGGUGCAGCGGGGCUGCUCCAGUCUCAACAGACCACGGCUGGGAACAAGGAUGUGGGAAGCUCCAGUGUGAGUGGUGGGAAAGACGCCUUCUCCUCUGGGGUGGCCGGCAUCAUAGACAUGGCAAAAGGAAUGGUCCAGGGUGGCCUGGGCGCCACCCAGUCAGCCCUUGUGGGCACUAAGGAGGCAGUGUCCGGAGGCGUGACAGAAGCAGUAGGGAUGGCCAAAGGUCUUGUCCAGGGAGGUCUGGACACCUCAAAGACUGUCCUUAGCACCACCAGGGACACAGUGACCACAGGACUUACAGGGACUGCAAACAUGGCCAAGGGAACAGUGCAGACUGGCCUGGACACCAGCAAGAGUGUGCUGAUGGGCACCAAGGACACUGUUUGUGCUGGGGUCACAGGUGCCAUCAAUGUGGCCAAAGGGACAGUGCAGACUGGUCUGGACACCACCAAAUCUGUGGUCAUGGGCACCAAGGACACAGUGACCACGGGACUCACAGGGGCCGUGAACGUGGCCAAAGGGACAGUACAGACGGGUCUGGACACCAGCAAGAGUGUGCUGACAGGCACCAAGGACAUGGUGACCACAGGACUCACAGGUGCCAUUAAUGUGGCCAAAGGGGCUGCCCAGGGAGGCCUGGACACCACCAAGUCUGUGGUCAUGGGCACCAAGGACACUGUGACCACAGGACUCACAGGGGCCGUGAACGUGGCCAAAGGGACAGUGAAGACUGGUCUGGACACCACCAAAUCUGUGGUCAUGGGCACCAAGGACACAGUGACCAUGGGACUCACUGGGGCCGUGAACAUGGCCAAAGUUGCAGCCCAGGGAGGCCUGGACACCACCAAGUCUGUGGUCAUGGGCACCAAGGACACAGUGACCACGGGACUCACAGGGGCUGUGAACGUGGCCAAAGGGACAGUGAAGACUGGUCUGGACACCACCAAAUCUGUGGUCAUGGGCACCAAGGACACGGUGACCACAGGUCUCACAGGGGCCAUGAACGUGGCGAAAGGGGCUGCCCAGGGAGGCCUGGACACCACCAAGUCUGUGGUCAUGGGCACCAAGGACACUGUGACCACAGGACUCACAGGGGCCGUGAACGUGGCCAAAGGGACAGUGAAGACUGGUCUGGACACCACCAAAUCUGUGGUCAUGGGCACCAAGGACACAGUGACCACGGGACUCACUGGGGCCGUGAACAUGGCCAAAGUUGCAGCCCAGGGAGGCCUGGACACCACCAAGUCUGUGGUCAUGGGCACCAAGGACACGGUGACCACGGGACUCACAGGGGCUGUGAACGUGGCCAAAGGGACAGUACAGACGGGUCUGGACACCACCAAAUCUGUGGUCAUGGGCACCAAGGACACGGUGACCACAGGUCUCACAGGGGCCAUGAACGUGGCGAAAGGGGCUGCCCAGGGAGGCCUGGACACCACCAAGUCUGUGGUCAUGGGCACCAAGGACACGGUGACCACAGGACUCACAGGUGCCAUUAAUGUGGCCAAAGGGGCUGCCCAGGGAGGACUGGACACAGCCAAGUGUGUAGUCAUGGGCACCAUGGACACAGUGACCACAGGACUCACAGGGGCCGUGAACGUGGCCAAAGGGACAGUGCAGACUGGUCUGGACACCACCAAAUCUGUGGUCAUGGGCACCAAGGACACAGUGACCACGGGACUCACAGGGGCCAUGAAUGUGGCCAAAGGGGCUGCCCAGGGAGGCCUGGACACCACCAAGUCUGUGGUCAUGGGCACCAAGGACACGGUGACCACUGGACUCACAGGGGCCGUGAACGUGGCCAAAGGGACAGUACAGACGGGUCUGGACACCAGCAAGAGUGUGCUGACAGGCACCAAGGACAUGGUGACCACAGGACUCACAGGUGCCAUUAAUGUGGCCAAAGGGGCUGCCCAGGGAGGCCUGGACACCACCAAGUCUGUGGUCAUGGGCACUAAGGACACCAUGACCACAGGACUCACAGGGGCCGUGAACGUGGCCAAAGGAACAGUGAAGACUGGUCUGGACACCACCAAAUCUGUGGUCAUGGGCACCAAGGACACAGUGACCACGGGACUCACAGGGGCUGUGAACGUGGCCAAAGGGACAGUACAGACGGGUCUGGACACCACCAAAUCUGUGGUCAUGGGCACCAAGGACACGGUGACCACAGGUCUCACAGGGGCCAUGAACGUGGCGAAAGGGGCUGCCCAGGGAGGCCUGGACACCACCAAGUCUGUGGUCAUGGGCACCAAGGACACGGUGACCACGGGACUCACAGGGGCUGUGAACGUGGCCAAAGGGACAGUACAGACGGGUCUGGACACCACCAAAUCUGUGGUCAUGGGCACCAAGGACACGGUGACCACAGGUCUCACAGGGGCCAUGAACGUGGCGAAAGGGGCUGCCCAGGGAGGCCUGGACACCACCAAGUCUGUGGUCAUGGGCACCAAGGACACGGUGACCACAGGACUCACAGGUGCCAUUAAUGUGGCCAAAGGGGCUGCCCAGGGAGGACUGGACACAGCCAAGUGUGUAGUCAUGGGCACCAUGGACACAGUGACCACAGGACUCACAGGGGCCGUGAACGUGGCCAAAGGGACAGUGCAGACUGGUCUGGACACCACCAAAUCUGUGGUCAUGGGCACCAAGGACACGGUGACCACGGGACUCACAGGGGCCGUGAACGUGGCCAAAGGGACAGUACAAACGGGUCUGGACACCAGCAAGAAUGUGCUGACGGGCACGAAGGACACAGUUUGUGCUGGGAUCACAGGUUCCAUUAAUGUGGCCAAAGGAGCUGCCCAGGGGGGCCUAGACACUUCUAAAGCAGCCCUUACAGGCACCAAGACUACAAUGUUGGCUGGCCUCUCAAGCACCAUGAAUAUGGCCACUGAGACAAUGAAGACAGGCCUGGACACCAGCAAGAGCAUGCUCACAGGUACAAAGGAUACUGUCUGUGCUGGGAUCACUGGGGCCAUGAACAUGGCCAAAGGUGUCUUUCAGAAGGGCCUGCACACCCCCAAGGACACAUGGUCAGCCAUGCGGUCUCAGGCAGAUGUGGCCAUCGCCACCCACACAGGUGUCAACACAGUCCCAUGUUCACUCCCUGGCUCUCACGCCACCACCCAUGGGGUGGAACAUGUUACCCUGACUUCUGCAGAAUCCCUGUGCUCUGAGACCAGCAGCCUUGCAGACACCUGUGGCCUGGGGCUUGUCACAGAACCCAUAGCUGACACCAAAGGCCUUGUGUCUAGUGUGGCUUCACCUGUCCAUGCAGCUACCACGUCUGAGGAGGAGUGUGGUCAGCUGGCUGCGACAAAUUUUGCUGCACUUCAUGAUGAGUUGGAAGGGCUCGGGGACAUCUUCCAGCCCAUGACAGCUGAGGAACAAGCCCAGUUGGCAGCCUCAGAGUCAGGGCCUCGGGUGCUCUCUGCUGACCAGGGAAGCUACUUUGUCCGCCUAGGUGACCUGGCCCCCAGCUUCCGCCAGCGGGCUUUUGAACAUGCCCUGAGUCAUAUACAGCACAAGCAGUUCCAAGCCAGAGCUACACUGGCCCAACUCCAGGAGGCCUUCCAGGUGAGCCACCACCUCUCCUGUGGCUCUUUCCAGACGGACAUGACCUUGGAGGCUCCAGGUGGGCAGCUGUGCGGGAAGCAGAACUUGAGCUCCACGGAGGAGGCUACUGGUACCCAUGAGGUGUGUGCUUCCAGGGCUCAGGAAAGGCUGUGUACGCUAGCCUGCCAGCUCCAUGCAGCUUACAGCGGCCUGGCAGCCAGUCUGCAGGGCCUGCCAGAGGUGCAGCAGCAGGCAGGGCUGGCACGGCACAGCCUCUGCAAACUGUAUGGUCUUGUAUCCUCUGAGAGCAGCGGCGGGCUGCAGGCAGAGCAGCUGGCCCAGAGCAGUGCUGGUGUGGUACAGGCAUGGCAGGGUCUGGAGGUGCUGCUGGACAGGCUGCAGCAGAGCCCCCCACUCAGCUGGCUGGUAGGACCAUUUGCUCUGAUGCCCGCUGACCAGCUAUAGACACCUGAGGGCUGCACGACCCCAAAGUUCUGGAUUAAGGGAGAGCAGAGGAUCCUCGGAAAGUCUAUUUGAAACCAGUCAUGGCUCCUGCUAUUUCCAGUAACUGAUAGCUCCUCUUCCAAACUAGCCACCAAGUCUGUUCAGAGAGCAGCACACAGGUCCCGACGACAGAGCAAAGCGGAAGCAGAGUCAAACCUAGGAGGUCCUUCAGCUAUCCUCACUGACAAGCCUUCUAGCCUCCGGGCUCUGGUCCUACCUUCAGGGGCCCACGGCUCUCUGCUAUGGGUGGUGCCACUUAACCCCAGGACCCACCUUGAGCAGUGUAUCCAGAGGUCUUAGCUAACAUAUUAGGCAACUUGUUCCCCAGCACUAGAAUGUACUAGAAUGCACAGCCACCCUAAGGCAAGCUCUCACAGCCCCUUCUGAUACAUAGUGGGGUGUAGAGCCACUCAAAGCCACACUUAUAUCCCAGCAUGCUGUGGGCCUGAGUCUGACCGGCUCUAUUGGGAAAGGAGGGUCACACAUGUAUCAAUGCACAGAGACAGGUACCACUUGACAGGGCCGCCACUGCUGAAACUGUGGUCUGCAUGAGGAUAUGACUGCCUAGGGUUGAAGUACUGACCGGAGACACAGGCAGGUAGGUGAUGGCCCUUCUCCCUCGUCCUAUGCAUCCAAGACAAAAAGCACAGAAGAUGAUAGGGUACAAGGCAAUCCCCUGUGGACCGGCCAUCCAAGGCCACAUCCAGCUCUACCUGAACCCCAGCAGUGCUAGCAACCCCCAAUCUUCCAGUUCCCUUUUUUGUGCACUCUUAGAAAGUAACAAUGUCCUUGAGUUCUAAAGUUGGGCUAGCUGUGGCCUAGGAGAGGACACGGCGGAGAGGCCGUGAUGGAGCGGACAGGAGCCUUCCUGAGCCUUUCCCUUUCUCUCUCAGCAUCAGGAUGCAAUGAGACUUAGCCAGUGACCAACACUGGGCCCAGGGCCUGCAGCUAUGCCCUCUAGAUGAGCCUCACUACAUCAUGCUCAGUUCU